AUGAGUUUUUCCGUGCCUAAAUAUCAGAUCAGCCCUUUGCCUUCAAGCUUGAAAUUUACCCCACAGCAAUUUGAGCAACUAAAGCACCAAAUUCAAAGCUACACCAUUCUGAACAGGGGCCAAGAGCUUUCCCAAGUUCAAAUCCAAGCAAUCCAAGGUAUAAAACUCCAAGCAUUUGACUCAUACCAGACAACUGGCUACAACACUCAAAUGAAAACAAAAUAUAACCAUUCGCAAGAUAUUAAAGAAAAAUCCAAUAGCCAACUCCACUAUGAACAAGAACCAAAAUCAAUAACUUUCUUCUAUGAGAAUCGUGCUAAAUUACUUGAAAAGUUCUUACAGUCUGACUUAGACGAAGACACCAAAAACAGAAUUUUGACUGAAAAGUUUCUGAUUGAAUUAAGGGAUCUUCAAAAUCAGACUAGAAGUGAAGUAAUAAAAGAAUGAAAAGAGCAGCCUGAUAACAACUAUGACCAAAGCCAUAGACUUCUAGAAACCACUCUUCUUGAUAGGGACUUUUUCAAGAGAAAUUUCCCAAUGUUUGAUUUUAGAGCUAAACAAGAAAACAGAAUGCUUGGAAGAUAUGACUAUGAAAUGAGAAAUGGCCAAGACACCAAAAGAAAAAACCAACAAAUGAUUUUCUUGUCAGAAGUCCUUAAUCAUCAACAAGAUUUUUUUGAUUUUCAUAGAAGAAAUCACGUAAUUUUAAUAUAGGCAAAUCUCCGCAAAAACAUAUAUGGCGGCAAAGGAUAUUUGGAUUAUUUAGACCGGCAAGAAAAGGCAAAGAGAGAUAAGGAUGAGAAAGAGAGGCUUAAAGCGCUAAAGGACAACAACAUGGAAAUUUAUGUUGAUUUGUUAGCCAAAACAAAAAAUGAGAGAUUGCUGAAAAUUUUACAGCAAACUGACAGCUUUUUAAGAGAAAUUGGAGCAAAAGUUUUACUUCAAAAGGGCGAUAAUGAAGCAGAAAUUGUGGAGCAGGCCCCAGAAGCACAAAGCGCAGGCGAAAUAAUAGCAGACAGUUUAAAGAAAUCGUCAAAAAUGUAUUAUGAAAUCACUCAUGCUGUAGUUGAAGAAAUAAAAACUCAGCCUGAAAAUAUAGAAGGAGGAAUGCUUAAAAGCUACCAGCUUAUAGGAUUGCAAUGACUGGUUUCUUUAUAUAAUAACAAUUUGCAUGGAAUUCUUGCUGAUGAAAUGGGGCUUGGGAAAACUAUACAGACAAUAGCAUUGUUUCAGUAUUUAAUUGACAAUAAAAAUAAUGAAGGGCCAUUUUUAGUCGUUGUCCCUCUAUCAGUCCUCUCGAACUGGGUAAUGGAAUUCAAAAAAUGGGCACCAAAAAUAAAAUUUAUCGUAUAUAAAGGCCCUCCAAUUCAUAGGAAAAAAUUGGUUUCUAAUGUAUUAACAAUGAAAAAGUUCAAUGUCUUAAUAACAACUUAUGAGUAUAUAAUUAAAGACAAGCAGCAGCUUAGCAAGAUAGCAUGGUCUUACAUAGUUGUAGAUGAAGGCCAUAGAAUGAAAAACUCCAAGUCAAAAUUCGCUCAGAUUUUAGGUCUUCAAUACUCCUCUGAUCAUAGAAUUUUGCUUACAGGAACUCCACUACAGAAUAACUUAAACGAGCUCUGGUCUCUUCUCAAUUUUCUGCUCCCUAAAAUAUUCCAUACACUGGACGACUUCGAAAAAUGGUUCAACAUUCCUUUUUCCAAAAUCCCAGGCGAGCAAGUCGAAUUGACUGAAGAAGAAAGCUUGCUUCUAAUUAACCGCCUCCAUCAAGUGCUACGUCCAUUUUUAUUAAGAAGGGUCAAAAAAGAUGUAGAAAAAGAGCUUCCAGAUAAAGUGGAAUUUGUAUUAAAAGUCGAGUUAUCUUCGUGGCAGAAAAAGCUUUAUAAAGAUAUACAAGAAAAAGCAUUUUUCAAUCGAGAUGGAGGACCAUGAAGGUGCAAAAGUCUUAAUAACUCAGUUAUGCAGCUUCGAAAGGUGUGCAAUCAUCCUUAUUUGUUUUUGCAUUAUGAGCAACUUCCAAUGGUGACUGAUGAAAUAUGAAGAUGUUCAGGAAAAUUUGAAACCUUAGAUAGAAUGCUGCCAAAGUUCAUAAGAAUGAACCAUAGAGUUUUGAUUUUCACCCAAAUGACUCAUUUGAUGGAUAUUAUGUCAAUGUAUUUCGAAUACAGAGGCUUCAAAUAUUUGAGGCUGGAUGGAACUACAAAACCUGAAGACAGAGACUUAAGAAUGAUGCUCUUUAAUAGCGAAAACUCCGAGUACUACAUUUUCUUACUAUCCACUAGAGCAGGAGGGCUCGGAUUAAAUUUACAAACCGCUGAUACAGUUAUCAUUUAUGACUCAGAUUGGAACCCACAAAUGGAUUUACAAGCUCAAGAUCGUGCACAUAGGCUUGGACAGAUGAAAGAGGUUCGAGUUUACAGGCUUGUAACAAACACUAAAAUUGAAGAAGCAAUUCUAACCAAAGCUGCCUACAAAAAAGACGUUGAUGCCAAAGUAAUACAGGCUGGCUUAUUCAAUACAAAGUCUACAGAGCUCGAAAGAAAUGAAAAAUUGAGAAAUCUAUUAAAAGCUGAAGAAAACGAAGAAAGUGAAGACGAGACUGAAUUUUUGACAACCCAGCAGUUAAAUGAAAUCAUUUCACGCAAUGAUGAAGAGUAUCAAAUUUAUGAGCAAAUGGACGCAGAAAUGAUGAAAAAUGAAAAUUAUAAAGAAAGGCUAAUUCAAGGAGAUAAGCUGCCGUUUUGGCUGGAAACUCAUGAAGAAGAAAUCAAUUUGGAUCAGUUCAUGUAUGGGAGAGGAAUGAGGAGGCAUAAAGAGCUUUAUUAUAGAGAAGAAAUUGAAUUAGAAAAUCAAUAUUUGGGGAUGAAGAGGGUUGGAUCGCCUAUAGAAGAUGAAAUUAAUAAAAGAGCUAAAUCGUCCUCUGAGUCAGAAGCCGGAAUUGAAAUUGGAGGGCAUGGGACAAAAAUUACAAUUUCAAGUGGAAAAAUGCUGGGAUCAAAUGAGAGCUCGUCUGAGACAAGUAUACAAGAUUUAGAAGAAGAUGAAGUUUUUAAAUCAGGGGAGGAAGAUGAGGAGGAUUAUGAAAAUUUCAAUAACUAA